AAGUGAUGACUCGGUCUUCUUGACUUACAGCCAAGCCUUUCCUUCAAGAUAAAGCUCUCAUCUCACUCGGUUUUGCCUGCUUCAACCCCUUUCUACAGCUUCAUUAUCCGUCUUUUCUUCUAUUCUUUAACCCCUCUCAUCCUCUUUACCCAUAUAUACAAAUGCACAACACCUUACAACUCAUGCAUUUUUUUUCUAAUGCGGUUUUUUGGUUGGUGAGCUGAACUCCAGCUGCCUCUUAUUGACUUCCCGGAGUUCAUGGAGUGCUCGUUGUGUUAGGCUUCCUUUUUUGGUUUCUGGGUUUCUCUUGCAGACUUUUAAAGUGAAGAUAUGUGAAAGUUAGCGUUUUGUUCCUGGAAUUAGAUUCAAAACAUAAAAGGAAAAGAAAAAGUUAGAAAACCUUAGAAAGGGGGGCUACCUACUUACCUAAGUGCUUGUGGGAGACAAAAUUAAACUUUUUCUACGGCAGCGAGGUAAUAAGUGUUUCAGGGGCUAUGACGUGUUUUCCUUUUCAUAAGGGAGAGAAAAAUGAUGAACCCAAGGCUACAAAGUCUACUUCGGUGCGUUCUUCCACUUCCAUUUCCAUGUCCACUGAUCAUGAGGUGAGGAGAUCUGGGUCUGAAUUCAAUUCUCAAAAUGCAUCAGACAUCAGCACUGAAUCCUCUACGAAGACCUCAUUUACUAGUUUGCAACAAAGACCCAGCAAUCUCAAAGUAUUCACCUUCUCUGAGCUAAAGACAGCUACAAAGAAUUUCAGCCGCUCUCUUAUGAUUGGUGAGGGUGGAUUUGGUGUUGUAUAUAGGGGUGUGAUUCGAAGUACAGAGGAUCCACAUAAGAAAAUUGAUAUUGCUGUAAAGCAACUAAGUAGAGGAGGGUUUCAGGGGCAUAAGGAGUGGGUGACAGAAGUAAAUGUUUUGGGGGUUGUUGAACAUGAAAAUCUUGUCAAGUUAGUGGGCUAUUGUGCUGAGGAUGAUGAAAGAGGGAUCCAACGACUGCUGAUAUAUGAAUAUAUGCCCAAUAGUAGCGUGCAGGAUCACUUAACAAAUCGAUUUCAAACACCUCUUUCAUGGUCCACAAGACUGAGAAUAGCCCAAGAUGCUGCUCGUGGCUUAGCAUACCUCCAUGAAGGAAUGGAAUUUCAGAUUAUCUUUAGAGAUUUCAAAUCUUCGAAUAUUCUCUUGGAUGAGCAGUGGAAUGCAAAGUUGUCUGACUUUGGAUUGGCCAGGCUGGGGCCUUCUGACGGACUAAGUCAUGUAUCAACAGCGGUUGUAGGAACCCUUGGAUAUGCAGCUCCUGAAUACAUCCAAACUGGGCGGCUCACAGCCAAAAGUGAUGUGUGGAGCUAUGGAGUCUUUCUCUAUGAGCUCAUCACUGGUAGGCGGCCUUUGGACAGAAACCGCCCCAAGAAUGAGCAAAAACUAUUGGAGUGGAUCAGGCCACACCUCUCUGAUGUAAAGAAGUUCCAGCUGAUUUUGGACCCUAGGCUCGAAGGAAAAUACACCCUUAAGUCUGCCCAGAAACUAGCAGCAGUAGCCAACAAGUGCUUGGUGAGACAAAUAAAAACACGCCCCAAAAUGAGUGAAAUCUUAGACAUGGUGAAUCGGAUUGUGGAGGCAGCGGAAACUGGGAGCCCUCAACCUCCCAUAAAGAGUUCUACUCCAAGAGAUGCUCCUGAGGAAUCCAAGAGAAAAAGACUGAAGACAAUGUUUGUGGAUCCAAUAAUAGGAGAAAACAGGAGAUUGGUUUGGCAAAAAUGGAGACCUAAGCUGGUGAGGACUUCCUGAGAGAAAUGGAAACAAACAAAGAGACAAGGCAGAUUUUCUUCUUGUGUGGAUGCAGUAGACCAUGUAACAAGGCUGUUUUCCUUUACCUCCCCCCCUUUUUUCCCAUGUUGAAUGUGUAGACUAUUACGUUAUAUCUUUGCCUUUGGGCAAUACAACUGUACAGGUAUGAUAUUGAAAUCAAUACAGAUGAGUGCAUCCUAAAUUUGUGUUAGCCUUGUUGAAGACUCUGCUUGGAGUUGGAGGUUUUGAAAUGAUAAUCCAGGUGGAGUUGCUGAUUAA